GCUCGGUAAACUUGUUAUUCGUCGCGAAGCACGCGCGCUUAGUUGACGUAUAUCUGCUGCUACUAAAAGCGAAAUAAAAACUUUCACUUUAGAUAGUGUUUCGAUGUACGUUAGUAAAAUAUUGCAACGCAUAAAAAUAUCUGCUGAAGUGCCUAUUAUAUGCAUGUGUCAACCGUUUUGUUUAGUGUGAUUUAUUUAGUUAUAGUUGGUUAUAGUAGUUUUAUCUAAAUUAGCGUGAUUCGGAGACUAUGGAAAAAAAUUUAGGAGAGCCGAUACGAUAUGAUCCUAAUUUUAAUGGACCAAUCCACAAUCGGUCUUGCACAGAUGUUUUCUGGAUAAUAUUAUUCUUAAUUUUUCUUGGAGGUUGGAUGUACAUUGGUUACUAUGGUUAUCAAAAUGGUAACAUUGAAAAACUUUUAGCUCCAAUGGACUCGAACGGUAAGCGAUGCGGCGUUGAUUCUGGUGUUAUAAAUAGAAAAUAUUUAUUAUUUUUCAACUUAGCGAAUUGUCUAAGGCCCGAGACACCGAUUACUGGAUGCCCUACUCCACAAGUUUGCGUAGAGGAAUGUCCCCAAAGGACAGUAAAAUUUAUUGAACAGCUAACUUCGGCAAAUUUCAAUGAAAUGAAACGAGAAAUGGUGUGCAUCGACGGCGUUAAUACGGAAACAAUGACAUAUAGCGACGCUUUGCAAUACAUGAACGAAGAUAAAUGUGCUGGCCUAAUUUUACAAAGCCAGUCAGUGUUGUUUCGCUGCAUCGGAGAUCUAUCCACCAUCCCAUGCAAGGGCCCACCCAAACCGACCACAAAUUGGAUGCAAACCGACGGAGACACUACAUGUGUAAGAAAUCCUAAGGAAGGACAGAUGUCGUUGUUCAAUCGUGCAACGGCUCUCGACACUUAUAUUGGCAGGAUUGUCGCUAGCUUGGUGACCGCCUUCACGAAAAACGAAAGGGACACGCAUAUUCUAUCAUCAAAAAUCGUCCAAGAUCUGGUUCAAUCUCGGUGGUACCUCGCUGGAGCUUUAUUGGCAGUUGUCAUUAUCUGUUUCAUUUAUAUAGUUUUACUGCGGUUUGUCAUUACACCUAUCGUCUGGGCUUCCAUCGGAGGGCUCUUAGCGCUACUUAUUUUUACGUCAUACUUGUGCUAUGGAAACUACGUAUAUUACCGUGAUAAUCCCAUUCAACUUCACCAGACGACAAAUCUCAAAGGAUAUGCGCAGUCUAUAUUCAGCAAGGCGUCGACGUGGAUGGUCAUAUUAAUUGUGACGGCCUUUCUAAGUUUCAUACUUUUAGUAAUGGUUGUAUUUUUACGAAACCGCAUCAGGAUCGCCAUUGCACUCAUACGAGAGGGCAGCAGAGCAUUGUCGGCGGUCAAAUCAACAGUUUUAUUGCCUAUAUUCCCAUGGAUAUUUCAAUGUGCUGUCAUCGCCUAUUGGCUGUUCUUGUUUAUGUCCUUGCUGUCGAUAGGAACGCCGAUAUUCAAGACUGCCAACUUAAAAUCGGAUACCAAUUGCAAAUGUGCAAUUUAUACCGAAGAUAAUAUGGAUUGUGAUCCAAAUAAAUUUACACUCUCAAGUCGCGAUUUAAGUGGCGGCCCUUGCCGACAGGCGACUUGCACCUUCCAAAGCUUUGAAACACCUCAGAUCAUCUUAUAUUUACAUUUGGCCAACUUUCUCGGAUUUUUUUGGACGAUGUUCUUCAUUACCGGUAUUACCGACAUGAUACUCGCGAGCACCUUCGCCACUUGGUACUGGACUUUCCACAAAAGCGAUCUUCCUUUCUUCACCCUCACGAGAGGCGCGUACAGAACCAUAAGAUACCACACGGGAACCGUGGCAUUUGGCUCAUUAAUUAUUGCCAUUGUUCGAGUGAUAAGAGUAAUACUCGAGUACAUUGAUCACAAAUUGAAAAAGUUCGAAAAUCCCUUUACGAGAUUCAUAAUGUGCUGUUGCAAAUGUUUGUUCUGGUGCCUGGAGAGCUUCCUCAAGUUCAUCAAUAAGAACGCUUUUAUAAUGUGUGCGGUGCACGGACACAACUUCUGUAAAAGUGCUAGAGAUGCGUUUUCCUUACUCCUAAGGAAUGUUGUUAGAGUCGUUGUUUUAGACAAGGUGACCGAUUUCAUAUUCUUCGUAUCGAAGCUUCUGAUAUCAAUAGGGAUAGGCUUCGCAGUAUACUAUAUUUUAGAAUGGAAUUUUACUUACGAAAUCACGAAAGGCCAACGUUUAAAUUACAACUACGUACCAGCCAUAAUACUGAGUGUCGCGACUUACAUCAUAUGCACUGUGUUCUUCAAUGUUUACUCUAUGGCUGUUGAUACUUUGUUCCUUUGUUUCCUUGAAGACUGCGAGAGAAAUGAUGGAUCCCCCGAAAAACCAUAUUUUAUGUCAAAAAAUCUUAUGAAAAUACUUGGAAAAAGAAACAAACAGCUAUAAUGUUUUCUUGACAACACCUUGGAUUGUAAAUUAUCAUGCUAUACUAUAAUAACUUAAUUAAUAACAAAACAUAAACCUUACUAAUGUAUAAUUUCGUUUUGUGAAAUAUUUUCUAUGGUCACAAUACACUUUGUUUUAGAAUACCUAUUCUUAAAAUUCUUUUCAUAUCUAAAUGUAUCGUGUUUUCGAUAAAAAAAUUACCAAAGUUAGGCCAUAAGGUGUUCAUUUAUGAUUGUGAUGCUCGUUUUUAAAUGAAAAAUUUUGGUUAAUUUCAAAAAAACUAAAACGUCCAAAUAGUAGCUUUAAUAUUAAACAGAAUUGAGUGCUCAUAUUCAGAUAAUACCAGGAAGGCAAACGUAGGUACUCUAACAGUUUUAUAAGCCGUUGUUUGUAGUUGCAAGAUAACCUUUUGAUAAGUAAAAUGUUUAUAAAAAACAAUGUGUAUACACGAAUUAUUUUUACGUAACACAAUCUUUGUGUAGGUACAGACCUACGCUACAAAAUGUUAUCUCCUUAAUUUUGAAAAUGAGAAAACACAAUGAAUAUUCAUAACUGAAAUUAUAAUAUAAUAUAAUAUAAUAAUAUAUAUAAUAUAUAUAAUAUAAUAAUAUAUAUAUAAUAUAAUAAUAAAUAUUCAAAUAUAUAAUUUAAUUAAUAAGAAGACAAGAAAACUUUCACCCAUACAAAAAAUGAUUCUUGUGAAAAGCAGAUACGACCUUUUCAUCUCGAAAACUUUUAUUUGACUGAUUUUCCUAAAAGUAUGCAUUCAGUGAAUUUUACUAUUCUAAUAGUACUGACACGUAAUAUUUGCAAUGACUCAGAGGCACAAAGUGUGAGCUGAAUAAGCCGAUUCACCUAUGAGAGUGCCUCAUUCUUUACUGUGCUUUAGCACGCCUGCUCCGCAUUUUAUCUUGUUAAUCCACACCGCGAGUGAUAACGGAAAUACCUACUAAACGUAUAGAAUCAUAGAUAAUGUCAUACAUUCUCAUUUAUUGUUGCUGUUGUCCUUGAGAACUAAACGAGGCCUACUCGAUGGGGAAAAUUAAUAAUAAAAACGGCUGGAUCGACUGAUAAGAGAUUAAUUUUGUUAAUUUGGUUCAUUGCGCAUCGCCAUCAACAUAGGAACAAUCACAUAACUGAAAUAAACAGCUUGAUCGAUUUGUCGAAGUUCGAAGCUGUUUUGAAUAUCAAUCAACCUGUGUAUUUUUACUAGAAAGCAACCAAGCGUUUCGAUUUCAAUUAUGUGAUAGCCGUUAUUGAUACAAUUAAGAUUUCGACAACAUGACACAAUGAGGGUUUCGGCAUUCACGUAAAUGAGCUCCGGCUCAAACUGGCUGCCAUGAGAUCGUCCGUGCAUCUAGUGCAAGAAAAAUAGCAAUUAUGCGUUAAAACCUUAUGAACAUUUACAAAUAGGUAUAACAUGAAAGUGACCACUUAUACCUAAAUAUGUUGUACAAUAAUAUAAUAUGUAACUUCCUUUGUCUAUCAACGUUUUAAUUUUGUUAAUUGUAGAUUUGUUUAAAAUACCUACUUCAUCGUUCAUAAUUCGUUCGUGAUCAAGAAAACUGUCUAGUGUUUUGUAGUAUUCGAAAUAACUAAAAGUAGACAUUAGAAAAGUCACAAGUGUUUUGUUUCUAGUUUUAAAUAUAUUUUGUUAGAAAUACAUUAUUAAAGAAAAUAGCAUUUGCAAUUGUGUAAUUUUAUAAUAGUUAACACCAAUAGGUUAUUUUAGUUUAAUACUAAAAGGUUGCAUUUAAAUAUAUAUUUAUUCAAAGGAGAUUGUCAGCGGUAAAAUCAAAUGUAUAAAGAUGCUUCAGGACGCCUUAAACUGGUUCUCGUGGUUAUAUUUUUUUUUAUUUAAACAAAAGCGGAAUCACUCGCAACAUCGAAGUAUUAUGUAAUACAUUUCUAUGAUUCGAAGACUUACAUAGACACAGUGUGAUGACACCGUGUGUAAAGAUGUUUACACAAGGUUAUCGAAUUCCAAAGUCGUGCCAACAGCACACUCGCUGCUAUUUGUUUCCAAUUAUAAUUCUUUUCAAUACCAAUCAUUUCCGGAACUUUCUGGAACUGUCAUCAACAAUGAUAAACAAAAAUGUAUGCAUGUACCUAUUCUUCUUUUUAAAACUCAUUAACAUAAAUUAAGAAAACAAUUAUUUAAAAUUCAGUUCGUUUCUUGAUUUAUUUCCUAAAUAAAAUUAUCGUAUCCAUUAAAAUUUUAAUACGAAUUUUGAAGUUACUGAAAUAUUCUAUAAAAUGUAUUUACAAUCUAAAAAUGGGAUUUUUUUUCCAAAUUCAAUUUGAAGAUAUGAUAUUGGUUGGAGUAGUUCACUAUUGAGUUACGCCAGAACUCAAUAAAUAAUCUUACGGUAUCGAGAGCGUUAAAAAACUCGCACUAAGCACACUGACAUGCCUGUAAUUUUUACCCAAAAGUGCAUAAUAUUGUUACGUUUCAGUCAUGUUAUAUUUAAAAAAAAUAUGAACAGAUUAUAUUAUUUAUAAUUAUUACAUGGUUGCGUAACUGAAAGUGUCAACCAAAAGGAAUAAUUGAAUGUAGAAGAGGACAGAUUCGCACAGAGCUAGGCAAUUCAUUUGUUAUUUUUUGGAUUUAUUCCAUAAUAAUAUAAUAAGACAUUUUUUUAAAUGUGAAAGACUUUAAUAGUGCUUAAAGAAUAAUAAAUAAUAAUACAUAAAAUUGGAACACUUAAGCCUACAUUACGCAGUACAUAUAGUACAUUUUGUAGCCGAUUUUCACAUUUCUUGAAUGCGAUGUACUUGAACAAAAAGAUUGUUUAAAAAAAUGGCUCGAAUUACGUAUGCUCAGUUAGCUUCUCUAUAAUUAUAAUUAUAGAUAAUAAUUAUUAUUAGAGCUAUAUGAGCUAUACAACGAAUUGAAUGACAGACGUUUAAAAUAUAUACCUACCUUACUAAUAAAUUACACUUCAGUGUACUUAGUGCGAGUUUUUUAACGUUCUCGAUAACGUAAAAGUUAACUCAUAUUUGUAUGGAAUGGGAUCGUUUGCGUACGAUCCGGUGGUAGAUUCUGCGAAGCACGACUCUUGCUAGGGUUCGUGUUAGCAUCGUCGUCAGGUUUGAGCCCCGUGAGCUCACCUACUACACACUACUACAACAAAUUGUGUACGUAUGCCGCUAGGGGCGCUGUUCCAAUUGCAUACAAAAUUGGCUUAACUUUUACGCUAUCGAGAACGUUAAGAAACUCGCACUAAGCACACAGACUAUUUCUUAUAUUAUUAUGUACCUAUUAAUUUCAAUGAUGCAAUAAAACAUUGUGAUAAAGUUAAGUAUAAUAAUAUAAUACAUUUUGAAUCAUUU